GUGGUGGACGAGUGUACAAGCAGGGUGGUGGCUGUGAUCUUGGAGUCGCGGCUGGAGAUUGUAAACAUGCUGGGCUGUGAUGUUCAGUCGAUGCUCUGUGUGCCAGUCAUCGAACCCGUGGAAGGCAGGGUGGUGGCGCUAGCGUGCGUCGUCAACAAGAAAGGUUCGAAUAACUUCUCAACAGACGAUAUCAAAGUGAUACAGACCUGCUUCAAAUACACAGCACCUGUACUUACCAGCACAUUGGCAUUCCAGAAGGAACGCAUGCUCAAAAACCAAACGCAGACCUUGCUACAUGUCGCGAAGAAUCUAUUCACCCAUCUUGAGGACGUGACCUUACUGCUAAAGGAAAUCAUGCAAGAGGCGAGACAUCUCACUCAGGCAGAAAGGUGUUCAUUGUUCCUGCUGGACAAGGAACAGAACGAACUCGUGGCAAAGGUCUUUGAUGGCGACGUAGCUCAAGACCAAACGAAACUUGACGAGGGAGAGCGAGCGGAGGUGCGGUUGCCGGCGGACCAGGGCAUCGCGGGCCACGUCGCCACAAGCGGUGAGCUGCUGAACAUACGCGACGCCUACUCGCACCCACUCUUCUACAGCGGCGUCGACGAAGCCACCGGCUUCCGAACGCGCAACAUCCUCUGCAUUCCCAUCCGAGACGACAAAGGUGUAAUAGGAAUAGCAGAACUGUGCAAUAAACUGAAUGGUGCUUACUUUACCAAGUUUGACGAAGAGAUCGCCACUGCUUUCUCUGUCUACUGCGGCCUCAGUAUUGUACACGUGACGGAAAAGGAGUACUCAACUUUGUCUGCCUGUGAUAUUCCGCCGCGGGAUCGGUGGGGCGCAAGCUUCACCCGGUUCCCGUUCCUUCCUCGUUGCAUGACAAGGGACGAGACACUAAUGUGCAUGUUUGACGAUGUUGAGGACAUGGGUUUCCUACAUGCGCUCAGGAUCGAGAGAAACACGCUGGCCAGGUUCAUAAUAAUGGUAAAGAAGGGCUACAGAGACGUCCCCUACCACAACUGGUACCAUGCCUUUGCUGUCACGCACUUCUGCUACCUGCUGUAUAAAAAUCUCCCGUUAAAUGAUUACCUCACUGAGAUGGAGAUCUUUGCUCUGUUUGUAGCGUGUAUGUGUCACGACCUGGACCACCGUGGUACGAACAACUCUUUCCAGGUACAAUCGCAGUCCAUCUUGGCAGCACUGUACAGUUCUGAGGGCUCUGUCAUGGAGCAGCAUCACUUUGCACAGGCGAUGUGCAUCAUCAACAUGCAAGGUUCCAACAUCUUUGGAAAUCUGUCCAGCAAGGAGUACCAGCAGGUGCUUGACCUGAUGCGAGACAUCAUACUUGCUACCGACGUCUCUCACCACCUGCUCAUCAUGCCUGAGCUCGAGACAAUGGCUGACGAAGGAUACCGUGGCAGUAGUGACAAGCAUCACAACCUGCUCGUGUGCCUGCUGAUGACCGCCUGUGACCUGUCCGACCAGACGAAAAGCUGGACGUCAACAAAGAAAAUAGCCGAGCAAAUCUACCACGAGUUCUUCAGCCAGGGCGACCUCGAGAAAGCGAUGGGGAACAAGCCGGUCGACAUGAUGGACCGUGAGAAGGCCUUCAUUCCCGAACUGCAGAUCAACUUUCUCGAGCACAUCGCCCUCCCUUGCUAUAGGUGAGUCGUGUGGCUUCGCGGAGUCUGUGUCGGCGUCUCCGCGUUGCAGCGCGUGCUGUCGAGGCACGUUGCAUCUAGCGUGCAGGUGUUGCAUUGUUGUGUGUGAGCGGAAGCAGAUGUCAGUGAGUGAGUACCUGUGUUAACCACUUUACCUGUAUUGCUCGCCUGUUUUCAUCUGCACUAGCCUGUAUUAGCUCACCUGUAUUUACAUGCUCACCUGUAUUAACUCACCUGUAUUUACAUG